AGUCUUUACAAAUGAUGCUAACUGGAGGGUGGAGACCAUGUGACACAAGGAAACUAUUUUGUAUCCAUGGCUCUAUGAGACCCUGACAUUGCAGAGAAUAGAGCUUAUUAAAUGGAUGGAAAAUCCUUAACAAGGGAAUGGGAACUUCUGUAUUAAUGAUGACCCUGUAAUAUUUUCUGUGUCUGCCAUAAAAUCAAGCCCAAUCCAUUCACACCAGUUACCUAGGAAAUGGCAGUUAGAUGGAAACUAAAUCAUCAUUUAAUUUUUAAAGAAGCUUCACUUUGUGAAUGCAGGUCCUUGCUUCUUUGUGAUUAAUUCCAGAUCCCUAUUGGCAAGCUCUCCUGUGUAAUCUCCCAGAACAGCUGGGACAUGAUUGCAUUGUCAAUUAUUAAAUGUCCAAGUUCCCUGCAAGGCAGCAUUUAAUCAUGAGGUACUCUAAAAAAAAAAAAAAAAGAGAGAGAGAGAUAGAAGAGGAGAGAUGGGAGGGGGAGUUGGGUGGGUGCGGAGGCUAGUUUCCAUUCUUUCAACAUUAAACCAAAGAGAUUUGAAGUGCAGACAGCAUACUGCAGUCCUUCCAAACAAGCUGCAAGACUGACCAUGGCCAAGGUAAACUAGCUUCUCUCUCUUGUUGCUCAGAACUUACAUUACAUAAUUAUUUUGUAUCUGAUUCUUUUAAGAGGUGUGCCUGUCUCAUCAAUUUGUUACCUAUGUUAAGCUUAUGAUAAUUCUGAGUUUUUCCGUCAACCUAUGUUGAUGAAAGAGUUAGUGACACUUUGGCACUUAUGUACUUCCUAAUGAUCUGAACCCGGGGAAGCCACUAUUUGUCCCUUUCCUAGAGAGUAGAGUCACCUUGGCAUGGGGUUUACCAGCAUAUGCAAAGAUAUAACUUUUCUUAUAACUGCUGCUUCCUCUUGAUAAUCUUAAGAAAACCAUUACAAAAUUAGAUUUGUUCUUCCAAUUCAAGAGGUAUGUGGAUACUGGAGAGAAAAGGCAUUUUGCGGGGAGAAAAAAUAUGUGAUGGGGGCACUAAAGGUGUUGAAGAUAAUUCUUGAAAAGGCUCUUAAAUGGAUUCCCAUUUGAUUAUCAAAAUAAUUCUUGAAGGAGUUUUUUUCUGUGUCUAUCCUUGGUGAAUACUCCUUCUGGGAGCGGCCCCUCUGAGCUUCAUUCCAAGUUCUUUUUUAUCCUUUGUUUCUCAAAUCACUUAUUUCUUAAAUUAGUUGUCACCUUGGUGCUGUAAAGUGGUUGUACAUAGUGUGAGGUGCAUUAUUCCUAUUUCUGAAUAACCUGCAGAACGAUUUACAAAUAUGUGUAACUUGAAAUGGAUUGAGGAUAGAGUUUAAAAUCUGAAGUGAUACGAUAGUAAACAAAUUUCCAAGUCAUAUAAGAUUGAAAAUAAAGUUGUUGAAAAUGCAGAACUGCCUGUAUCCUUAAUUCAAUCUUUAUGUAAAGUAAUGAAGAUGGUUUACCUGGAAGUUUAUUUCCUAUUCGGGCAAUGAAUAUAAAAAUAAUUAGAAAGGAUAACUCCAUGUUGAAAACAUUCUUUUCUGGGGAUGAGGGCAACAUACGACUCCCAUACCUAUCAAUAUAAGAUCUUUCUUCCUUCCAGAUGCUGUAGUUUUUUGGUUGUUACCAAGGUCACCCAGAGUCUUGCACAGUCUGACAAUUCUUAGUGGAUUUAAUUUGUUUUUUGCUAUUUUUUUUUAAAUCAUAUUAGUAGAUUGCUUUCUAGAAACUGUGUUAUCAUACAUUUUGCCUAUUGGUUUUCUUAUACAUAUGAACCUUGUAUAUUUCUUAUUGCCAUAAAAUAAUCUGCACUUUGUCUGUAGUAUGCACUGUUUUAGUCUCUGUAAAUUCUGAAGAACAAACUGUUAUAUUUCUAAGAUAAAGUUCUCUGUUGAAUGUAGAAAAAUGUUAAGCUGGAGAUGAUGAAAGAGGCAGAUUUAUGAGCCUAUCCUAUUUAGCUAUGGUUUCAUUUACAUCUCUUAAGCUAAGCAGAUUUGGGUCUGAUUAAUUCUGAUAUGAGAGAUCCCCUGGAAAGCUCAAGAUGGUUUAAGAAGCAUCUGUCAGCAACUAAAUGUGGGCUUCUUUUCCAUUCAGUAUGUAUUAAUGCAAUAGCAUAAACUACUCCAUAACACAAAGUGCAAGACCUGUCAUAUUUCUUUAUUUUUCUAAAUCAAAUUAAAUCUGGCUCCCAGCCACCACUCCCCAAAGUCCAAAUAUCUACUACUAUUGGUCAUUUUUUUCAACUAGCCCUUCUCUUCUCUGAGACUAAAAACAAGGUCAGUGGCUCCAGGCAGAGCCACAUGGGCCACAGAUCUUUCUGCUGCCACACACUGUGUCCCCACUGUGAAUCAGGCUCCACUACGGCAUCGAGCUGCGGUGAUAACCCUCCAGGUUCCUUUCUACCCACCAAGGUCACCCUUUCUGUGGCUACCUGGCCACAACACUUGGUGUCUAGCCUUCGUGAGCACCACACAGCCACCUCCCAUUUGAGAUUCUAUCAUCUCAGUGGCAGUGGAUGGAAGCUGGACCCAGACAACCACCUCUCAGAACCCAUAGCUUCCUCUCCUCCCCAGACGUUUCAAUAGCCUCACAUCCCAGUUGGUCCCCUGCUCUCUUUUAUCCUCAAGGCCCCAAAGCCUCCAUCUGCAUCCACUCCUUCUGCAGUAAUCCAGUUUAACAUUCAUUGAUACGACAUGUCCACCUUUACUCCUCUCAGAGGACUCUAUAAUGCAGGGAAGAGGACACCAAAAACUCACAUUGUUGCAAUCACAAAUACCUCAGCAAGUCAGUGCUGCUACCUUUCAACGUAGGCAAACCAAAAAUAAUUACCAGCAAGAACAUUUAGACAGCUCCCAAUUCUUUCUCUCGACCUGAUAUAUACUAGUCUCAGUUUAAUCACUCUCCGAUUGAGAUUCUGAUGCUUACUCAGAUCAUCUUCAGUAAGCACUUUAGUAUAAGAAGGUCCAGCUUAAAUAAACAUCAUUGCUAUGGUACCUACUCCAGGCCACUCCUGAAGCCGAGCUUCCACAGGGCUCCUUGGAGAAAACGCCCAGCAAUUGGUUGUGCCCAUCAUGCUAGAGGAAACUGGCUUGAGCUUAGGGGACUGCAGGGAGGGAUGUCCAGAUCUCUAAGGAGGCUCUGAAAUCAGUUCUCCACAUGUUUGUCUGUUACAGAUGGAGCUCCCGAAGGGCUUCUCUGGCCAACGGACAUUCCUAUCUGCCGUCCUCAACCUGCUAUCACUCAGCCUCUCCACAGCAUCCCUGCUCAGCAACUACUGGUUUGUGGGCACACAGAAGGUGCCCAAGCCCCUGUGCGGAAAAGGUCUGGCAACCAAGUGCUUUGACAUGUCAAUGCCCUUGGAUGGGGGCAGCACCAACGCAUCAUCCCAGGAGGUGGUACAAUACAGCUGGGAGACUGGGGAUGACCGCUUCUCCUACCAUACCUUCCGGAGUGGCAUGUGGCUAUCCUGUGAGGAAACUGUGGAAGAACCAGGGGAGAGGUGCCGAAGCUUCACUGAACUCACACCACCAACCGAGAGAGGUGAGAAAGGACUACUGGAAUUUGCCACGUUGCAAGGCCCACGUCACCCCACUCUCCGAUUUGGAGGGAAGCGGUUAAUGGAGAAGGCUUUCCUCCCCCACCUUCCCUUGGGGCUUGUGGCAAAGAUCCUAUGGUUAUCAUUGGGAGCCCAAUUCGCCUACAUUGGACUUGAACUCAUUAGCUUCCUCCUGCUACUAAUGGACUUGCUGUUGUUUACUGGGAACCCUGGCUGCGGGCUCAAGCUGAGCGCCUUCGCUGCUAUCUCUUCCGUCCUGUCAGGUGAGCACCCCCAAAGCUGGACAGGGUGGGUGUCCUCUGCUGCCCCUGAUGCACUAGCUGGCAGUCUCUGUCCAGAGGGGAGAAACGAGGAGCCCAAAGACAACAUAAAGAAUGGAGGCCUUCUGGGGAUGGUGGCCCAUAUGAUGUAUUCACAAGUCUUCCAGGCGACUGCCAACUUGGGUCCAGAAGACUGGAGGCCACAUGCUUGGAAUUAUGGCUGGGCAUUCUACACAGCCUGGGUUUCCUUCACCUGCUGCAUGGCAUCGGCUGUCACCACCUUCAACACAUAUACCAGGCUGGUGCUGGAGUUCAAGUGCAAGCACAGUAAGAGCUUCAAAGGAAACCUGAGCUGCCUACCACAUCACCACCAGUGUUUCCUCCAGCAGCUGUCAUGUGCGGCCCACCCGGGGGUUCCUUUAACCAGCUACCACCAGUACCACAGUCAGCCCAUCCGCUCUGUCUCCGAAGGUGUCGACUUCUACGCAGAGCUACACAACAAGGGAUUCCAACAAGGCACCAGCCAGGGGCUAAAAGAAGAGCUGGCUGGCUCAUCUGUAGAGGAAGAACAGUGUUAGGAGUACGUGGGUUUGGAGAGCAGUCUGAGCCCUACUUUACAUGUUUGUUAUCAACAUGUGCUUAAGCCAA